AUGGUCCACCUCUUGCAACUGCCCGACCAAGCGCAGCUUUCAAGCCUCCUCCAGAUCUUCCCGUGUCGUGAGCAACAGGUACAUGCGCUGGCGACUCUAACCCAUCCAACGGCUGCGCUCUGUCAAAACAUUGUGCUUUAUGGCUCCGAAGCUACGGGGAAGAGUACACUGACAGAGGAGCUCCUCCGUACUUUCGCCGAACCUGAUCAUCACGACCAUGACCUGCCACUGGCACCAUCUACGUCGCCCGAGCUCCGGUUUGCAAUCGUCAACAGCAUUGAGUGCGUCACGGGCCGCCAUCUCUUCGAACGCACAGUCAGCGAGGUAGCCAGUGCCUUACGAUGGGAGAACCCAGCGAAGCGUUGCGAGAGCAUGGCGCAGCUCACCGUUGAGCUCUCCAAGAUGCUCAAAUAUAUCGACAGGCCAGACACUUGGCGCUUCGUGCUGGUCUUCGAUGCCAUUGACCGGCAGAGAGAAGCACCGGCAACCCUCUUACCUGCGCUUGCCAGGCUGUCGGAGAUUAUCCCGAACCUCACAACCAUCUUUAUCCUCACCUCUCCGCCGGCAUCGUUCCUCCGCACAUCGGCUGUUUCGCACAUCCACUUCCCCAACUAUACCAAGUCCGAGUUUGUACGGAUAAUAGCCACCACGCCUCCCCCGACACUGGCCACCACCAGUCCACAAGAAACAGCAGAGCUCUGGUCACGCUUCUGUGGCGCAGUCCACGACUCUCUGACCAAGUCUGCCGCUCGGACACUCCCGGCCUUCAAACAAGCCUGUACGGCUCUAUGGCCUCGCUUCACCGCGCCCGUGUUAGAUGGGACAUACUCUGCUCGUGAAUUCUCCAAGCUUCUCAUCGCCUCCCGCGUCCAUUUCCAGGACGAGUCUCUCCUCGACCCGGGGGUCCUCGCUCUUCCUUCGAAGAGUCCGCCCGCGUCCCGUGCUCCGUCGGCGCCGUCCACGCCCUCUCGGCGCGCCAAGCCUCUUGCGUCCACACCACAGCAUGCCCUGGCCCAGCACAAAACGCCCGACCUCGCAGCCCUGCUGCCGACCACGGCCCGCCUGCUCCUUCUUGCCGCCUACCUUGCGUCUCACAAUGCGCACAAGCACGACCUGACGCUCUUCUCCACGCAUUACCACGGCCGCAAGCGGCGGCGUGGCGGACUCCUCGGCGGCUCGCGGCAGCGCAGUAAGCACCGGCGCAUCGCGCGCAAGCUGCUGGGCGCGCACGCCUUCGUCAUGGAGCGCAUGAUGGCCAUCUUUGCGGCCGUGCGGAACGAGUGGGUGGCCGAUCACCUGGUGUCGAGCCACGGCGGCACCCUGGACUGUGAUAUCGGCAUGGCCAUCGCCACGCUGUCCAGCUUGCGGUUGCUUGUCCGCGUGGGAGGCGGCGGCGACCCGAUGGACCGUGGUGGCAAAUGGAGAGUCAACGUGGGCUGGGAGAUGGUGAGAGGCCUGGGCAGGAGCAUGGGCGUCGAGGUGGAGGAGUGGUUGAUAGAUUAA